CUUUGAGACUUUAAAUAGAUGACUUUGAGACUUUAAAUAUACUUUCUUCAGUAUUAGUUGCUUCUACAUUAUUUUCUUUAUAUGUUUUGCAGGUUCGAGAAACAAACGAAUCAGAUCUCCCUUCAAUCCAAAGGUUAACAAUAGAAUACUCAUGAUAUGAACCGUGAUUGGGUGAAGUCUUCAAAUCGGAUCGCUCCGGCAUAUGUGGCUGGCAUCAAAGAAUUCAUAAAUGUUGCUAAACAGAGUUUAGAUCGUAAGAGAUUGACAACAUGUCCUUGCCAUAAUUGCUUUAAUUCAAGGAGUCAUUCUAUUGAUGUCAUCAGAGCACAUUUGAUAACUAAAGGAAUUGAUACGUCAUAUGUACGGUGGGUGUAUCACGGUGAAGAAGAAUCUGAUGAUGAAGGUGCGGGUAAUGAAGAGUUUGAAAAUGAUGAAUUUGAUGGGUUGAGAGCAGGGCUGCAUGAUGCAUUUGGUAAUCAAUAUUUUGAUAUUGGGGAUACCACUGAAUUUCUUACAAAUCAGCAACCCAUGGCAAAAAAAUCUCAUUAUGAAAAACUAUAUGAAGCUCUGGAUACCCCGUUAUUUGUAGGAUGUCAUACAUCCUCUGUAUUGACAUUCGUGGUAAAAUUGAUGAAUAUAAAGGUGAUGAAUAAGUGGAGUGAUGGUUCCUUUGAAAUGUUGUUGAAGCUACUACGUGAAGUGCUCCCACAAAGCAAUAAUUGUCCACAAAGCUAUUACGAAACUA